ACCAGUUUGAAAGCCGAGACAAAUCAAGCCAUAGCUACUUCGAAUAAUGGAAUCCACCAAAUCAUGGUGCAGUUGUGCCAUGUGGAUUUGUAUCUUAUCAGGGAUACCCACAACCAAUGGGUUUUGCGGCUUUGCUUCUUGUUAUGUCCCGUGUUGGGACUCGCUGGAGUCCCCCAGCAUAUGUGUGAGGAUCACCCGAAACAGGGUCCAACAUUUGAGAUGGGUGUGUAAUAGGGAGAUCCGAGAUCCCCAACCAAUGGGUUUUGGUCAUUUCCCUUCUUCCAGGUUUUUUUUUCACUGGGAGGUCUACCUAGUCCCAAAACUUGCCCGCCGUUCACCGAUACCAGUCAAGCGAUUUGAGCUAGUUCGACACUUCUUUGAAAAAGACUCCUGUGCCCCUGGCCUCCCCCGUGUGGCUGACUCCCGCCCGAUUCUUGUGCUGGCGCUCAUGUCCUCGUUUGCGUGGCGGAGAGAGUAAAGCAACAGCACAUGCAGUUGGAGCCACCCUCCUUUGUAGUUGAUAGAUGGACACAGCAAUUGAGCAGUCCAGAUGGCUUGUGGAUGAUGAACAAGGCCGAAGAGAUAAGGCCUAUCAACUGCUUGCCAGCCCCUACCAUCCACCCUUAGAGGAAGUGAAGGAGGUGACCGCAUACAUCGCAAGUCCGGAUGGGCUGUGGCAGAGUGAUCGUCAGAAAGCAUUUGACAAGGCCGUGGAGGUUCUUGCAGGCCUGCAUCCUCCAAACUUUGUUGAGUCCGUGAAGGCAAAGGCGAAAGAGCUAAAGUUCAGGCUUGGUCGGGAGAGGGCAUUUCAAAAAGCCGCAAUGCUCAGCUAUGGUGGUGGCGGUUGCAACCAUGGCGGCUACAACCAUGGUGGCUACAACAACGGUGGCUACAACCGCGGUGGCUACAACCAGGGUGGCUACAAUCAGGGCGGUUACAAUGGUGGUUCUUAUGGCCACCACAACCGCUGGUAGCGACAGGGAACUGCGGCUAAACGCCACCAUAGACCAAUGCACAGCAUUCUCCACUGCAAGAGAUCAAGGCCCUGAAAGCAUCCCUUCGAGAUGGCUUGUGGUUGAGUGAUCGCCAGAAAGCCUUUGACAACACCCAGACACUCCAUCGUAUAUUUACCUACAUUGGGGUGGUUUGAGGGGUCAAUGGGGCGGCAUAUAUGACAGACAUGGAGUGUUUGGGAUAUAUACAUAUUUUUGCACACCCGCAUCCUCCAAACUUUGUGGAGUCUGUGAAGGCGAGCAAGCGAGCGGGUUGAAGCUUGGUCGGCUUGCGCAAGGCUUGGCAGGCAUUCCACAAAGCCAAUUGAAGGCUCAGCUAGGCUAGAACCAUUUGGAGAUGUAUUUUAAUGAGGAGACCCCCAACCAUUGGGUCUAUUUUCCUUCUUCCAGGGAGGUCUCCCUAUUUUUAAUACAAACCCAUUUCGGCUACAAGCAACAAUCUGGGUACUCUGGCCACUGUGGCCGAAAGUCACUGCGAAAAGGAGGCGCCGCUGCUUGCCAAGCAACACGAGCCUUCAUGUCCGGCAUGUUUACCUACAUUAGGGUGGUUUGCAG